AUGAGGUCUUACGUUGUCGUCCUUGUAGCCGUGGUACUUGCGUCGAGCGAGCCGAUACUCGGUCAAACGGAGGACGGAGGCUCGAAUUUCAGGUGUCCCGAGCCCAAGGGCUUCUUCCCCGAUCCCGAGCAGUGCGACGUUUAUUACGCCUGCUUCGACAACGUGGCCGAGGAGAGGCUCUGCAAGGACGGUCUCCUGUUCAGGGACGACAAUCCGAAGAAGGAGCUCUGCGACAUACCGGCCAAUGUACAAUGUGGCGAGAGAACCGCCCUGCAGGAGCCCCACCCGUCCAAAGGAUGUCCACGCGCCAAUGGUUACUUCAAACACGAGGACCCGGACGCGUGCGACAAGUUCGUCAACUGCAUAGACGGCGUGGCUCAGGCGAUGUCGUGCCCACCCGGACUGGUGUACGAGGAGAAGAUGUCGAGCUGCGUGUGGCUGACCGACGCGUCACGGCCCUGUCUCGAGGCGAAGCGCGAAGUCCUCGAUGACGGCUUCAGCUGCCCGAUCGGCGACGCCGUGGGUCCCCAGGGACGCAUCUUGCCCCACCCGACUUACCCGCACGCCGAUGACUGCGCCAAAUUCUACAUCUGCCGGAACGGCAUCGUGCCCCAAAAGGGCCAGUGCGAGGAGGGACUCGUUUACAACGAGGAGAACUUUUCGUGCACCGAGCCCGAACUUGUCCCUGGCUGUGAGGACUACUACAAAACCAAGAGUAACUAA